UGACUUUCCCUGCUCUCCUGAUUCUGUGGAAGGCAUUUCCUGAAACCAGUUCCUUAUUCAGAAGUCUAUCUGGCUGAUAUCAUGAAUUACUUUGGCACAGGCUAACCCUGCUCCAUAUCUGAUAUCUACGAAAAAGAAGUCAUAAUCCAAAACUUAAAUAAACAACUACAAGAGUGUAAUAAAGAGCUUGAAACUCUGCGUUUGAGGUGUAAAUAUCUAGAAGAUGAAAAAGAUCAGCUUAUUAGUCGGACUGAGACCUUAUAUGACAGAGUAUCUGAAUUACAAACUGAGCAUGAAAAAUGUCUUCUUGAAAUAAAUGAAAUACAAAACACAAAUGUUCAAAAUACUACUCAUGUGGAAUGUCUUUCACCUAAAAAGCAAGAAGAGAUCAUUAAAAUUUUAAGAGAAGCCCGUGAGCUUGCUACAUGUAACCGUCAGCUACGAGAUUUUCUUAAAAAAGACCUAUCAGAUAUUGGACUUUACAUGAACCAGUUGAGAAACACAACUGAGAUCAUGAAACAUUCCUGCAAAGAAACAGAAGAAAUCCGUGCGCUGUAUCAGCGUGAGUCCCUAGAGCGCAAGUUACUUUAUAACCAACUUCAAGAACUUAGAGGAAACAUUCGGGUGUUUUGUAGAUGCAGAAGGGAAGAUGGGAAAGGGGAUCACCUAGAAUUUCUUUCCAGUGAAGACAUCAUACUUAAUCAUAAUGGAAGCAAGAAGAAAUUUAGAUUUGACCAAGUGUUUCUGCCACAGUGCACUCAGGAAGAAGUCUUUGAAGAAACUCUCCCUAUCAUAAAAUCUUGUGUGGAUGGUUAUAACGUUUGCAUUAUGGCUUAUGGGCAGACCGGUUCUGGGAAAACAUUUACUAUGAUGGGGCCUGAACAAAGUCCAGGAGUUAAUAUCAGAUUUCAAUGUUAGAGAUAUACAAUGAAACCCUACGUGAUCUUCUUUCACAAAACGGGAACAGCCAGUUGGAAAUCAGAUCACAAGGAAAAUCUGUGACAGUACCUGGGUUAACAGAGACAGAAGUUGUGACAGAAGAAGAUAUAAAACAUGCAAUGGCAUUUGGUGAAAAGAAUAGGACAGUAGCUUCUACUAAGAUGAACAUAGAAAGUUCACGUUCUCAUCUCAUGGUGAUCUUGCGAGUUAAUGGUGUCGAUAGCAUCUCUGGAGUGAUAUCUGCGUCUACGCUCACCUUAUGCGACUUAGCUGGAUCUGAA